AUGGUAGAUGAUGAAGCCCAUAUCUCUCGAACUGAGUUCGACGUGCUAAAGGCAGAUGUUAAUCAGAUGAAGACUGUCAUGGAGCGACUAGCUGCGGCAGUAGAGCGUCUGGACAUGACAGGAGAUCGAAAUCGCGUUGAUGGUCGCCAACGACGUGAGUCGACUUCGUAUAAAGAUUCCGACAGCGAGGAAGAUCAUUAUGCACCCCCACGCCGCAGUGUUUAUCGCAGAGACCGACGACGAAGGGAUAAUUAUGAUGUUGGAGGUUUCAAGAUGAAAAUGGAUCUGCCAUCUUUCAACGGGCAACUGCAUAUUGAAGAGUUCCUCGACUGGAUUGUAGAAGUAGAGAGGUUCUUUGAGUAUAUGGAGAUCCCAGAAGAACGCAAGACCUAUACCUUAGCAGAUAUAGUUAGCCUAGCCAAGAAGGUGGAGCGACAACUCGAACGAAAUAUUAAAGGAUCAUGGGCAGCUUCCGACGGGUCGUGCACGAGUUUCAAACGUGGUGGAAGUAAACAGUCUCAAACUAUUUCUGAGCAGGAUGCAACAACAGAGAAGGGCAAGGGUCCAACGACAACAACAGCAAAGAAGCCUACCCCAACGAACCCUUAUGCCAAGCCUGACCCGAUCAAGUGUUACAGAUGUGGACAGCCUGGUCAUCGGUCCAAUCAGUGCCCUAAGAGAGGUACUGUGAACAUGGUGGAUCAUGAAGAUGAGGAUACAGACCGAGACGAUGUUGAAGACUAUGAUGAUGGGUUGGAUGCUGAUGAUGAUGGGGAACAACUCUUAUGUGUUGUGCGGCGACUAUUGUUGGCUCCAAAAGUAGAAGAACCACUACAGAGGCAUAACAUCUUUCGAACGAGAUGCACGGUGCAACAGAAGAUCUGUGAUGUCAUUAUUGAUAGUGGGAGCAGCGAGAAUAUUGUCUCUCGGCACAUGGUGGAGAAGUUAGGACUGAAGACGGAGAAGCAUCCCGCUCCUUACAAGAUCGGUUGGAUUCGCAAGGGUAAUGACGUACAGGUUGAUGAAGUGUGUCAGGUAUCCUUUUCCAUUGGCCGAACCUAUGUGGAUGAGGCAUUGUGUGAUGUAGUAGAGAUGGAUGCAUGUCAUAUGUUGUUAGGCAUACCUUGGCAGUUUGAUGUUGAUGCCACGCAUAGGUGGAAAGAUAACGUUUACAUCUUCAAGAAGGAUGGUCGCCGAAUUGUGCUCAAGCCUCUAACCGAGAAGGGGCCUGUCAAAACUAAUGUGGCUGAAAAGAAGAAUUUCUUAGUCGUUGACAAUGAAGGCUUUAUGAAAGAUGUGAAGCAGUAUGAUGAGAUUUAUGCCCUUGUAGUUUUGGGAAAAGAGGAGUCUGCCACUGUCGAAAUUCCACCUGAAGUACAGACCCUCUUACAGCAGUUUGAUGCAGUUAUGCCUGAUGAUCUUUCUUCUGAAUUACCCAUGCUUAGGGACGUUCAACAUCAGAUCGACUUUAUCCCUGGAUCUCGACUACCAAAUUUGCCACACUAUAGGAUGAGUCCAAAGGAAGAAGAGAUUUUGCAAAAGCAGGUGGAUGAUCUCAUCCAGAAGGGCCUUAUACGACCUAGCAUGAGUCCGUGUGCAGUGCCAGCACUACUAGUCCCAAAGAAGAACAGAGAGUGGCGUAUGUGUGUGGACAGUAGGGCUAUCAACAAGAUUACAGUGAAGUAUAUAUUUCCUAUUUCAUACUUGGAAGACAUGCUAGAUAUGUUAUCUGGUUCAAAAGUAUUCUCCAAGAUAGAUCUCAAGAGCGGCUAUCAUCAGAUUGGGAUUAGGGAAGGAGAUGAGUGGAAGACUGCUUUCAAGACAAAAGAUGGCAUGUACGAGUGGCUAGUCAUGCCUUUUGGUCUUUCUAAUGCCCCUAGCACUUUUAUGCAAUUGAUGAAUCAGGUAUUAAAACACUUUAUCGGCAAGUUCGUCGUAGUUUACUUUGAUGAUAUCCUGAUUUAUAGCCAGAGUGAGGCUGCACAUCUGGUCCACUUGAGGGAGGGUAUUCAUGUUGAUGAAGAGAAGGUUCGUGCUAUUAGAGAUUGGCCUUCCCCGAAGACUGUCAGCGAAGUUCGUAGUUUUCAUGGCCUAGCAACAUUCUAUAGGAGAUUUGUAAGAAAUUUCAGCAGCAUUGUAGCACCUAUAACUAAAUGCAUGAAAAAAGGGAAGUUCAAUUGGGGGGAAGAUGUAGAUCGUAGCUUUGCACUGAUCAAGGAGAAGUUGUCCACCGUACCUAUGCUUGCACUUUCAGAUUUUCAAAAAGUCUUUGAAGUUGAUUAUGAUGCGUCCAUCAUAGGAAUUGAUGGUGUUUUAUCUUAG